ACUGCCCAGCGUUCCGAUCCAUCCUCCGCCAUGCGCGCCUCUGUGCGGACCUUGGCACGCGAUGACUACUUGGCGGUUCGAUUGAAGCGGCUGGCCGCCUGGGCGCGAAGCUGCAGCGUGGCCGAGCUGCCCGCGCAGGUUCUCUGAGCUGAGCAGGGCCGAUGGGGACCGAUCGCAAGCCGGUGGACGAGGAGGCAGGAGAGCGGCGAGUGGAACGGACAUGGUUUGGCUCGAACGUUGCUCCCUCUCUGCCAAUCGCGGUUCUUCGGCGCCGGGCGGGCCCAGAGCGUCCCGGGCGGGUUCCCCCAGCAGUGCUCUUCAUGGAGGAGCUGGAACGACGCGCCACGGCGGCAGAGGCUGCGGAGUUGCAAGCGCUGGUGGCGACGGGUCGAGGACAGUGUCGAGUGUUGGCCAGACCAGAGGUCCUAGAGCCUGUGAUGAGGCAACUGGAGCUGGGCUUUCAAGAACUGCGAGGACUCUCCGAGGCCUUGAGCGGCCGGCUGCUGUGGCUCGAGGAAGGCACGUACACGGCACGAGAGAACCUGAGGUUCUUGACGAGCGCCUCGUUGCAACCCUUGCGCGCGCAGAUGCGCACCGGGGAGAUUGCCAACGAGACGACCUUGGCCUCGGCGCUGCUGCAGCCGGCGGCCGUGCUCGUGGGCGACACCGACUACGCGCCGGACGCCUUUGCGGCACGGUGCCUCUUGUCCGAGGGCGUCGGCUUCCUCACCCGCGCUGCUGCCCUGAAGCCUGAGAAGGUGCCGAGCGCCAAGCGGCGGCGCUUUCGGAAGGCCUUCGCCAAGUACCAAGAGCAUAUCAAGGCAGCCGCUUCCGGCGUGGAGGCCGAGAUCUUUCAGAAAUUGGCUUUUUGGCUGGGCAUGAUGGAUGCCUGGUAUGAGCAGAUGCCUGUGUUGAUGGACCUGUCCUUGCUGAAAGACGCCGUGGCGCAGCACGUGGUGCCCUUGGCCGCCUGGGUGCUGCGCCCGCACCUGAAGCCGAUCGUGGGCCGGGUGGUGCCUCCGCCGGACCCCCCCGACGCGGUGCUGAAGGACGAGGACCUCCGCAAGCUUUGCCUCUCGCGCAGCUCCGGCUAUCCCGCAGCUCCCGAAGCGGACGGCCCGGCGUCUCCGGCGGCACGGCCGUCCACCGGCACGGUGCCCAUGCCGGCACGGUGGCUGAAGGAGAGCUCCAGCGUGCGCGACGGCGACCCGUGCGGGGCUUCGGAUCGGGUGGGGAGCGACAGUGGGACCUUGGACUACUCCACCGACGACGAGGACCCACCAGACCUGGACGAGGCGCCCGAGACGGCGGAGAAGGCGAGCGAACGAGCCGGACCGGCCCGUGUGGAGCGGAUCCUGCCGCCGAUGCUGCUGUGACAGGACUCGAUCAAUGCAUGAUGAGAUGGAGGGCGGUCUUGACAUCUGCAUGAUGAGCUGCUGUGAUGUGGGUUUGGAAAUGACAUGAAAUGAU